AAAAAAGCAAAGGAGGAAAAGAUGGGAUAUGCUGAUGGCUUUGCCUGUGGUAUUUGGAAACUUGGAAACUGAAAAAAUAGAGAGGCAAGAAAGAAAGGAAAGAAACGCAAAAAGAGGAACUAACACAACCCAUCUGUUUCGUUUCAUUCAUUCUUGCAAAAGGAGAGAGAAAGAGAGAUAUGGGUGGGUAAAAGCAUGAUGGAAGAGUGUGUGUGGUUAGAGACGGUUUAGCUUAAAAUCGCGUAGUUUGUGAGCAAAACUCGUUUGUAAUCAUCAUUCUUCUUCAGCAGAAAUUAUAUGCAUUGAACAACAGCUCCAGAUAUACAACCUCAGCCUCAACCUAGCCCAAUACAGGUACAGGGAGGUUUUGUAAAAAAAACAUGGAGCGUGACAGCAAAAAGAGAGUAAGAGAAGGAGAUGAAGACCACAACGAUUCUUCUUCUUCUUCUUCUUGUUAUUCUUUUUCAGAGAAGCAUGCGAAGACAAAUUUAGUAGAUCCUAACUGUGGUAUUUUGGACUUCAAAAACGACCUUGAAUACAACAGCAGCGGCAGCAGCACUAGUAGUAAUAGUAGCAGUUAUAAGACAUCAGAUUCGGAUUCCAACUUGGCAUUAGGAGUAUUUGAUUUUCCGUGGCUGAAAGAUAGUGUAAUAUCCAAACCAGAGGACUUGAAUUUUGAAGACUCAUUUUCAUCACCACUGGCAGUACUGGAUGUCGACACAUCCACCUUGACUACCAGUAGUACUACUCCUGGACAUGGUAAUUUUUCAUCACCACUGGCAGUACUGGAUGAUCAAUUUCCUUUCUCCGGGCAGUGCUUCUAUCAUGAUCAGACUGAUCAUCCUGAUGCACUCCUGGACUUUCCAAAGGACAAGCUUGAUAUAGAUUUGUGGCGACCUCGAGAUCUUAAUCAAGAUGAUGGGUCGAAGACUGAGGCCGGGGAAGAUUGCAUUUGGAGUUCCCUGCUCAAUCAGCCUCUUCAACAGCCCAACUAAUUAAGUUUCAAUUGAUCAAUUGUCGCUGCAGAAACUCGUUGAGUAUCUAAGAAGCCAACGACUAACAAGCCAGGGAGGGUGAUGUCAUGUCAUGUGUUGCGCCAGAGGCCCUGAUGGGGCUUGAUAAUUCAGUGCUGCUGGCAAUGGCAGUGGCAAUGUAACCGUCUCUUCUGAUGUUCAUUCUCUUCCAGUCUUCAUCUCCUUUCUUCUUUCCUUUUCCUGGUUGUAAUUAUUUGUCCAAUUCAUAGUACGUAGCCCUCGCCUUACUGCUAUGGUUUGUUAUCCAGACCAAUUGGGAAUAAUAAACAUGGAAACUUCCAAGUUUUUAACUACAUUUUAUUAAAAUUUGGAAACCAUCAUCA